AUGUCCUCGAAACGCCAUAAGUACAUAAUAACCGCCAACGAGUAUACCACGAAAUGGGUUGAAGCGAUACCUAUCAAAGACUAUGCCGGGGAGACCAUCGCAGCAUUUAUCAAAGAAUACAUCAUCUGCAGAUUUGGAGCACCCAUGAUUAUCAGGGCAGAUAAUGAAAAAUCGUUCGUAAACAAAGAUGUGAUGGAUUUGUUACAGCAAUAUAAUGUGAGGCUUCAUACGUCGACCACCUAUUCUCCUCAAGGGAACGGGAAAGCCGAGGCGAGCAAUAAGACACUGAUCCGGGUCUUGAUUAGGACAGUGGAAGACCAUCCCAGAGAGUGGCAUGAGAAGCUCCCGCUCACGGUAUGGGCAUACAGAAUCUCGAAACGAAGUUCCACGGGGGCGUCACUGUAUUCUCUUGUCUAUGAGGAGGACGUGAUAUUACCGACAGAGAUUGCAAUAUCCGCAAGGGUAGAAAUGGCUAGUCAUAUGACUCCGGACGAAGUAAGUCGCUUUGCCCAUUUAGACACAAUAGAAGAGAGGAGAGCCCGGGCAGAACGGUUUGCUGAGGCAUACAGGAAGCUAACAACAGAUUAUUAUAAUCAGAAUGUAAAGGAAGGGAGAUUCGAGGUAGAUUAUUUGGUCCUUAAGAUUGCUCCUCAUGUGCAAAGGAAUGCUAGUGCAAGGAAAUUUGUCGCAAACUGGGAAGGAACUUUCAGAGUAAGAAAGGUAGCAGAGAGCGGGUAUUACAAUCUCAGACGCAUAAACGGCACGAAGAUCAAGUCACCGAUCAAUGGUAAAUGGAUAAAGAAGUUUUAUGCAUGA